AGUCUAGGCUGUGGGCGACUCGCUAGCACUGCCCUGGGCCUCCAAGCUCCCUGAUCGCUGAGCCCAUCUCUGACACUCACAGGAGCUGCGUUCGCCGGAUCCUCUGAGAGGCUCUGCAAGGAUCCCGAUCCAAUUCAGCAGCGUUUUAAAAGGUAGCCGACUGGAGAUGCUUUUUCUUGUCUUUUUCAUUCUUUCAUUCUCUGUCUUCUAAAAUUUUAACAAUAACCUAUCGUUUCCGCGUGGAGGGUCUAAGAAUCUUCACUGGGUUUAAUUUAGGAAUUUCAAAUUGGGUUUCUCAAAAUUUUAAUGUGGUCCCCUUAAUUGUUAAUCAAGAUUGCGGAGUCUUCCAAAAUAGCCCUUUUCAUCUUAUGUAAUUAAAGAUCCACGAGCUUUCCAAAGAAGCUCUGGAUUUUCCACGGUACAAAUCUAUAUAUUUUUUUUCUCUCUCCCUCUCUCUCUCUCUCUGCCUCUCUCGUGCGUGUGUGUGCGCGCCCCUGUGCGUGCGUUUUCUUUCAUUUCUGGCGUUAGGAAACUCGUUCAGGGCCACUGAAAAGUCAGGGGAGGCUCAGAUGUUAUUUCCCACGGAUUCCUGUUUUUCCGGAAGCGUUGUCACCAAAUAAAUAUGAGACUGUUAAUUUGGAAAAACAAUUAGCCCCUACCAAAAAAAAAAAAAAAAAAAAAAAAGAACCGGAGGGGAGAAGGCUAGGGUGGAAGACAAGGAAGCUGCUGCUUGGAUUCGCUGGUGGAGGAAAGUGCGACCUGGACCUGGGCUUGGGGGCUCCCGUCCCCUUACUUCAGCACCAGAGGGGAUGGACAGCGUCUCCGGACUGGGCUGCAGCCACAGGGACCGAACUACGCUGCCGCCUCCGCUGUCCUUGCCGCCACUGUCGUCGCCACGGGCAGCUGGGCUACUUGCUCCUCGCAGCUAAAAGGCGGUGCCUCCUAUUACCCCCUCGCCUCCCGGCCCCCUUCCUUAAUGGAUGAAAAGUACCCCUCCCUCUACACCUGCUGUACCUAAGGACAGGACUCUGAGGAGUACGCUUGCUCCACAGAUUAAACUCUCAGCAGCAACUUCAAGAAUCAUUUUUCUAUAGGGGCCUGGGGGGAAUUCUGGAGGAGAGUAAAGUCGAAGUUCUUAGAAGCUCUGAGACAUCAUGGGCCGUGCAGUAGGGUCGAAAUGCUCAAAGGCCCACACUUCUUGAAAUAAACAGAAUGGUCUUGAGUGGAUUUCAACUCUUUUGGAAAUAGCUUUGUGAAAAGAGAGUGGAGAGCUACUCAAAAUUCUACAUUAGAGAGACUGAAAAGACAUCUAAUUUCAUUGCUCGGCAGCCUGCUCUCCAGAAUGUUGAGAUUGCCCAAGAAGUGACCCCAGCAAAAGAAAAAUAUUGCUCUACCUAAAUUCAAACGGCAUACAUUGUGGUGCCACAGCACAUGGAUUUCAGAACUGCCUGUGAGGAGACAAAGACAGGAAUUUGUUUGCUGCAGGAUGGUAACCAGGAGCCUUUCAAAGUGCGGCUGCACCUAGCCAAAGACAUUUUGAUGAUCCAGGAACAGGAUGUGAUAUGUGUGUCUGGUGAGCCUUUCUAUUCUGGUGAAAGAACGGUGACCAUCAGAAGACAAACAGUAGGAGGAUUCGGAUUAAGCAUAAAGGGAGGAGCAGAACAUAACAUUCCAGUUGUCGUUUCAAAAAUCUCCAAGGAACAAAGAGCGGAACUUUCAGGACUACUCUUUAUUGGAGAUGCAAUUCUACAGAUAAAUGGCAUUAAUGUGAGAAAAUGUAGACAUGAAGAAGUGGUUCAGGUUCUUCGGAAUGCUGGAGAAGAAGUGACUCUAACAGUGUCAUUUUUAAAAAGAGCACCUGCUUUCCUCAAACUCCCAUUGAAUGAAGAUUGUGCAUGUGCUCCAAGUGACCAGAGCAGUGGCACCUCCUCUCCUCUCUGUGACAGCGGCUUACAUCUCAACUACCACCCCAACAAUACAGACACAUUAUCAUGCUCGUCGUGGCCGACGUCUCCAGGCUUGAGGUGGGAGAAGCGAUGGUGCGACCUCAGACUGAUCCCUCUACUUCAUUCGCGCUUCUCGCAGUAUGUGCCUGGCACAGAUUUGAGUCGGCAGAAUGCCUUUCAAGUCAUUGCUGUGGAUGGGGUCUGCAGUGGGAUUAUUCAGUGCCUCUCUGCUGAAGACUGCGUUGACUGGCUACAAGCAAUAGCAACUAACAUUUCAAAUCUCACAAAGCACAAUAUUAAAAAAAUCAACAGAAACUUUCCUGUAAACCAGCAGAUUGUCUACAUGGGCUGGUGUGAAGCCCGGGAGCAAGAUCCCCUCCAGGACAGAGUGUACUCCCCGACCUUCCUGGCCCUGAGGGGCUCAUGUCUCUACAAGUUUCUGGCACCUCCAGUGACCACCUGGGACUGGACGAGAGCAGAGAAAACAUUCUCAGUUUAUGAGAUUAUGUGCAAGAUCCUCAAGGACAGUGACCUGCUGGACCGACGGAAACACUGCUUCACCGUGCAGUCUGAGUCUGGGGAGGACCUAUACUUCUCAGUGGAGCUGGAAAGUGACCUCACCCAGUGGGAAAGAGCCUUCCAGACAGCAACCUUUCUAGAAGUAGAACGGAUACAGUGCAAGACCUACGCAUGUGUGCUAGAAAGUCAUCUAAUGGGACUCACAAUUGAUUUCAGCACAGGAUUUAUCUGCUUUGAUGCUGCAACAAAGGCUGUCCUUUGGAGGUAUAAAUUCUCUCAUCUUAAAGGUUCUUCAGAUGAUGGCAAGAGCAAAAUCAAAUUUUUGUUUCAGAAUCCAGAUACUAAACAGAUUGAAGCAAAGGAGUUGGAAUUUUCUAACUUAUUUGCUGUUCUUCACUGCAUUCAUUCCUUCUUUGCUGCCAAGGUAGCUUGUUUGGACCCUCUGUUUUUAGGCAAUCAAGCUACUGCUUCUGCUGCUGCCGGCUCUGCUACCACGAGCAAAGCAAAGUAUACAACUUGACAUACUGAACUCUGCAUUGACACACACCAUGACUGUAUAAGCAGAACACAUUUACUCAUCAUUUUAGACCCUAGAGAAAACAUAACAUCACCAAGUCGACAGUGGAGGCAAAUAAAAAUUUCGGCAGAAAAAAGGUCAUAUGGAACCUCAAAAGCACUUCUAUUCUGGAUGCCAUCUGUGAAAUAUACUACAUGAACAGAACAGCUUGUUCUCACUCAGUUGCUUUGUACCAGUAAGUAUAUUGCUUUCACCAAAAGUGGAGACAAAAGAAUGAAUUAUUUGAAGAAGUAUGUAAAUAAUAUAAAAAUAGUAAGCUACCUAUAAAUAAAAAUACUUAUUAAAUGAUUACUUCUGUAUUUUAGAUUAUUUUGUAUGACUAGUACAUGUUGGGCAGAGUCAUAAGAAAACGAAUGCCCUAUCAUUGUAUUAUGAGGGACACAAAAGAGUUAAAAACCAUAAAUCAGCAAGGAGCAUGCAAAAAAAUCUCAUCAAAGAAGGAUGCACUUUAAUUUGCUGAUGUAAAUUUGCCCUUGUGUUCUCAUCCCAUGAUUUGACACUGGCACUCCAAUUGUUUUUAUCUUAUUGUAAAUAUUCUGAAGAACUUCCAAAGGAUAAUUACAUUGACCCAUGAUAAAUACAAUGUGAAAUGGACUAUUCUGCCUUGGAUCACUGUUAUUGAAAUGUCUUCUUAGCUGCCAAAGUCAAUCAAGUAUGCCAACAGUGUAUUAAUUUAAUUAUGAGUCAUGGAAAAUUUCAUGAACCUCUCAUUUCUUCCUUGGUUUUAAAGAGAUUUAUAUUUUACCUAAUAAGAUUUAUUAUCAAGUUAAAGUUUCAUAAAUUUUCAGUGAACCCAAAACCUUUUGUAGAGAAAAUAAUAUAAACAAAUAUGUCAUGAGAAACAAUUCUUUGUAAUCUGAAGUCUACUAGCUAACCAUGAACUAAAAUGUCCCUUGAAAACAUUCCCAAAGCUAUUACAUAUGUUAAUUAAAUGACAUUUUUCCAUUUUAGUACUAUUUUAUGGAAACAAAGGUGAUAUUUAAAGAUAAAAGUUAAAAUUUUUUAUCCUCCCUUGUCGUGGAAAGUGAUUAAGUAAUGCCAACUAUGCAGGUUAUUUUAGAUAUUUUGUCCAAACAAUGUAAAUGUGAAAGGCUGGGAAAUUUGAAAGCCUUAGAGGUGUGCAAUUUACUCAGAUUCCAGGUAUUAUACAACUAGUUGUAUAACAUGGAACACAUUCUCUGUCCUUUAGUGCAGCUUUUUUGAGAUAUUUUAAAAAGUCAGCUGUGUAUGUAAAAAAAAAAAAAAACUUUUUUAUUGAUACACAUGCUUCCAGGUAAACCAAGUAUUAUGUGUGUCCUUGUGGAGAUAACCAAGUAUCUAAUAAAUUGAUUCAAUUUUCUUUUUUUUUCAAAUAUGUUUUUAAAACUCACUCAAGAAGGAAACAAAGUGAUUUCUAUAAAGGACAGAUUUAUUAAUUUAAAAAAUUAAUAUCAAGUUGUUUUUAUACUCAUGAUUCAUUAAUUUAUUUUGCAUUGGAUUAAUUUGUAAAUACCUCAAAUUGAAAAGAAAAAGUGAGGUUUUAUAAUUGUCACUGGGAAAAUGUUAAACUGAAUCUAACAUACCUUACCUAAAGAACUGUGGCAAAUUACAAUAAACAGUUUCAGUGUAAUGUAUUUUGACCAUAAAACUAAGUACACAUUUGUAAUUAGGAUAGAACUUUAGAAUUAUUGCACACUAUAUUGAUCAAAUACAACAGUCAUUGUAAAAUUGAAACCCACCAAAAGCAGGCUUCAGUAGUAGGCCACUUCUGAACUUAUGGAGAAAAAGCAGUGGGAUACAUCGAACUUAGAAUUUUCAGCUGUGGCAAGUGGUUCAUUAUAGAACUUCUGCUUCCAACCAGAGCUGAAUCUCAGUGUGCCCCAUAUUGGGGUUACAUGAAUGUGUCCACAAUCUGGAAGGCAAUAUGACGUGGGCUAAUUAUCCAUAAGCAAAAGAAAAACAUUUCAAUAGUUUACCUACCUGUAAUAGAAUGAUUUAAAAAUUGUGAAAUUUUGUAAACGUUCCAUUUUAGAAUUUAAAAAACUUAUUAACUGUUAGCUAUCUUUUUUGUGAUAUUAUGAAAAUUUAGCCUAUGCUCGUGUGUGUUAUGAAGGAAAAGGUGCACAAUGAGAUAUGUAUAAAUAUAUAUCUCCUCAGAGAAUACACAUACACCUACAUAUGUAUUUAUAUGCAUACAUGUGUGUAUAUAUAUAUAUAAAUAUAAUGAAAUGCUGACCAUUAAUUAUAUUAGAAGAAUAUGUUUUGUGUACAUACAUUUAAUAUACUUUAAAUUACAUUGUAAAAUGUAGCUUGAUUAAAAACUUAUGACAAUACCAUUAUGAUUAUUUUUGAUACUAUUGAUAAAAAAAAGCCGUGAUUUUUAUUUAACGUGAUUAGUACAACAGCCAAAAAGUAACAAAAUACUAUUCUCAUUUUCAUCAGUUUAACAAUUAGUAUUUAAUGUUUUCUUUACAAUGUGAUGAUUAGUCAUUGGCAUUUGUUAUAACUUGGACUACUUGAAUGAGAAAGCUUUGAAAUGAACAAAAACACUUACAAAUUUCUAUCUCUCAUAUAAUUUAGGUUUACAUGUAAGAGAUUUAUUCAUAAAAUCCUAGUUUGUACAUUAAGCACAUUUUAACAGCAAAACACUAAUGUGUUAACCCCUCCAGUGCCUUGAUAUGUGUGAGCGUGUAUGUGUGUUUGGGUGUGUGUCCGUGUGUGUGUGUGUGUGAGUGUGUAUGUUUUAUCAUUAAAGGAUUCAUUACAGUGUACAUAACACAAGCUUAAUGAGGAAUAUUGUAGGUAUUUAGGUCAGAUAAUGAAGUUCAAAGUCAUUUGAAAACUGCUAACUACUAUAAUAAUGUCUUUUGCCUGAUAAAGAAUAACAAUUCAUCUAAGCCGAAGUAUAUUACAGAAAGGGCACUUAUAAUUUGUUAAAAUGCAACAAGUAUUUAUUUAAAAAAUAGUUUAAUAGAUAGUGUAAGUGUAAUGUAUAUCCGAACACUUAUCCAGCUUUUUUAAAAUGGGAGGAUAAUCAGGUAAUUAUUUCUUGCCCAUAUUUCAGGCAUGUACCAACUUAUAAUUUUGAAAUCUUCGCUCAUAAAGCUGUCAUUCAGCAAGAAAAAGAAAGCAAUUACUUGAAAAUAAAUGUCAAGUCCAUAUUAGCCAUGCAAGGAGAGAAAUUUUCCUUUGGGUGCAUUAGUUUAUAGGUCAACAUUUCCCUCAUUUACAGUGAUGAAGCUUGAUCAUGAACUUUGUCUAUGUUGAAUGCUGGAUUUAAGAAAAGCUUGAUUUAUUACUGAGAAAAAUUAAUAAUCCUAACAAUAAUUUAGAAUUACUGCUAGAAAUCGGCAGUGUGGAGAAGCUUUAAAAGCACAAGGAUGAUCUUGUGCUUAACCUUUUAAGGUAAGUGUAGAUGUUCGGAUACUAAUAACAAAGAUUUUGCUACUAUUAAUACUGCUGUGCUCAUACUUUCUCCUUAUGAAAUUGCUUUAUUCAUACUUCUAAAAUUGUUCUUCAUUGUUUAUUCUUACUACCGAAUACUUUAAAAUCAUAAUGCCACUUAUUUGCACAUUUGAAUUUCCUUUUGAAAAUAAAAUAUUAUAAAAGUUAUAUAUUUAUACAUAUUAAAAUGCAAUGAAAAGACCAGAAAUAUAAAAUGUAAAUAUAUUUAUUUCAUUUUGAAUUGUUUUGGUGGAUGUUUGUAAAAUGUAAAUUGAUAUCUGUGACAAAAAUUUGUCACUUCAUUCUUUCAGUUCAUUAAUGUACUACUAAUGAAACCAUACUUUUUUAAAUGAAGCAUACUGGAAAAUAAAAACAAAUACUUUUUACUAGA